AUGCCAAACGGCACACAAGUAAUACAAAUUGUGAACCUGCAGAACGUAUUGCUGGAUGCGAAAUUGUGUAGCACAGGGGUACAGUUUGUCAACAGCCUAUCAGUCGACAGUUCGCCCAAGCUCGGUAUCGUUAUCAUACCGGCCACAUGUACCAUAGAGACACUGAUCAUGUACAAAACUGGCGUGCGAAACAUUCACUUCGAGAAAAAUAGGGCCAUAAAAAGUGUGACCAUUAGGAACAGUCCCAUAACGAACAUUCCAGCCACGCUUCUAACGCUGCCAGCCAUCCAGCACAUACUGCUCGAGUACACAAAGAUCGCGAGUAUUGAUCUGAGUUGGUUUUAUCCGCUGAGAGGUUUAGCAACACUGAAGCUAGUAAAGAGCAACUUGCAAGUCGUACACGGGGAAGGCAGUACGAACGUCACCACGGGCUUGAACGUUAUAAACCUGAGCUACAACUCGCUGAGAACCCUCAAUCUGAACGGGUUUGCACCGUUCGCCGAACUGACGCAGCUUGUGUUGACGCACAAUAAGCUCGAAUCGCUCACCGGUACGCUAAACAUUCCGGCCCUUACCGGUCUUAUGUUGAAUCACAACCGCCUUAAGCAGCUGGACGCGUGCCAGUGGAAUGACACGCAGCAAUUGCAGGGCAUUACACUGGCACAUAAUUACCUUCGUCAAGUGCCGGCAUGUUUGGAGCGAUUCGCUAGCUUAGCGCACAUCGAUCUGAACCACAACCGAAUCGGAUACGUUCGGUGGGAAGAUUUACAACAGCUGCCCAAGCUUGCAUCGAUAGAUUUAUCGUUUAAUCGUAUCACCGCAAUACCGCCCGACCAAGCCCAAUAUCCAUCGCUGCUUAAGCAGCUGGUUCUGUACGGAAAUCCGAUCGAGGUUGUUACCAUACCGGACGGAUUAAAUGACACUAUUCAUGUGACAGUUGUUUGA